AUGAACUUGUUAGAUUAUUACUCUCCUAUGGUCCAUUCCGAAUCUCACUGUCAAGAAAAGAUGCAAGUUUUAUUUAUAUCCUUAAGAGAUAGUAAAGAAGAAAAUCGUAGUGAAAUAGCUCAAAAAGUUAAGAGUGCCUAUUACCAAUGUAAAUUAGAUUACUAUAAGAAUCAUCAUAGUGACUUUAUCCACAGAAUACAUCCAAAUGAUUUCUUAAAUAGAAAAGUAUAUGUCUUAAAACAACCAUAUUAUCUCAUGAGUAAUAUUCCUUUAAAUAACCCAAAGAAAAUGUCACGUUUAUUUGUAACUGAAGGUACCUUAGAAUAUUUAUUAUUAGAUAAGAUUGAUAUUCCAGAAUGUUUCGGACCAUGUACUAAAUUACAUUUUAACAGAGUAGUUAUUAAAGAAUCAAAACCAAGAAUAUAUGAUAUGACCAUAAACAAUGCUUUAGUACCAGAAAUACAACCAUAUAACAGAAGAAAAUAUAUGACUGUCUAUAUACAUGAAGCAUAUGUUAAGAAUAUUGUUUCAGAUGCAUUAAGUGGUGAACAAAUAAGAAGACAUGAUAUUGAAAAGGGUAAUAUCAAAAUAUGUAUGGGAAAAAGUACAUACCUUACAGACCCUAUCUUAACUGAAGAUCAUUUCAAUUUAACUCAUAAACCAGUAUAUGAUUUCUCUAGUGUUAAACACAACUUGAAAGUUUUCCAUAUGAAAAAUGAACAUUUAGUAUCUGAGGAUCCAAACGAUGACUGUUUCAUCAACUACCCAUUGGCAACUACCAAUAUAGAUAUAACUGAUCCAUACAAAGAAAUCAGUGAAGACUUAAUCAAAAACUUGUAUAUCUUAAAAAGUAGUUAA